CUGCCUUAUGUGGAAUGCGACAAACACACACACGUUUGAGUUUGAAGUGAUUCCUCGCAGACUGAGCUGUGCGCUCUCACCGGCACCAGCUGAGCGCAAACGGCAGAAGUGCCACAGAUCGGUUCCUCGACGGGAAUAUUUUGGAAAGCAGUUUUGGGACGUUCAGUUUGCUCGGCUAACAAGACGUCACUUUAUUAUACUGACUAUCAUAAAAGCCAGAGAAUAAACAGACUGUUAACUAAUGGCGAGUUGUGUGAGAGAACACCAAACCUGAGAUUUCAUUUCCACCAUGUCAGCCAAUGGGAGCUCAGAAACAGGCUGCAGGUCAGAAGUCAGACCGACCAACAACACCUGCAGCCAGAAAGAGCUGUCUGUCACUGCCUCCGUCAUCUCCAUGACUGUGGGCAUCUUUUCCAACAGCCUCGCCCUCUUCAUCCUGGUCAAAUCCUACAAACGCAUCCGGAUCAAGUCCAAGGCAUCCUUCCUUCUGUUUGCCAGCAGCCUGGUGGUCACCGACCUGCUGGGCCACCUCGUCAACGGCUCCCUGGUGCUUUUUGUCUACAGCUCCCACAAGAAAUGGGAGACAUUUGACCCUAACCACAUUGUGUGCAGCCUCUUCGGGGCGUCCAUGGUGUUCUUCGGCCUGAGCCCCCUGUUCCUGGGAAGUGCCAUGGCGGUGGAGCGCUGCAUUGGAGUCACCAGACCCAUCUUCCACUCCACAGGGUUAGCUUCCCACCACAUGAAAAGGCUGCUGGGGCUCACCUUGCUGCUUGCUGCCCUGGUGGCUAUGCUGCCUGUGAUGCUGCUGAGGCCCUAUAAGGUUCAGCGCUCCAGAAGCUGGUGCUUCUUCCAUAUGGAGGGACCCAAAGACUGGCUGGAUGUGCUCCUGCCUCUGCUUUUCUCUAUACUGGGGUUACUGGCCUUGCUGCUGUCUAUUGUGUGCAACACUCUGACAAGCUGUGCUUUGCUGCAGUCCAGACUGCGCCGCAAACAUCACUGCAGAGGCACGUCUUAUCACAUAGAGAUGAUCUGCCAGCUCCUGGCCAUCAUGUUGGUGUCCUGCGUGUGCUGGGGCCCGUUACUGAUCCAUGUCAUCAUACUGAGCACCAAGGCCAAGGGUGAGCCAGCAUCUUUCAGUCUGCUGAUGGUGAUACGCAUGGCCACAUGGAACCAGAUCCUGGACCCCUGGGUCUACAUCCUGCUGAGGAAGGCUGUACUGAGGAAAAUCUUCAUGUUGUUACAAAGCAUCUGGGGGUCAAAGUCUCAUAAGCUACACCACUGGCAGCGCAGCGUGCUCCGCAGCUCGGUGGAGACCAGCCACUCAGGUGUUGGUCCGGCUGACUCCCGCUGCACAUUACCUCUGUCACACACUACGAUCAAAUCCAUUACCUGAACCCCAUUCUGAGUGGUUUGACCUGAAGACACCUGAGGAAGAAGCUGUGAGAUUGUGGAGAAUUUUGUUGAAAUAGAUUUUUCCACAGUCAAAGUUAUUAAAGUGUUAUACUGUAAGAGGUUCAUGUAGAAUAUUACACAAACUACAUCAUGAAGAGUCUGUUUUCAUGUCGCCUUUGCAAAACGAUCGCCAUGACCUGGCUGUAUUGUGGUGUAUUGUGUAGCGUGGGGUUAAGUAUCUGUUCUUAACUUACAGAUCUGUUUUGUUUAUAAGUGGCUCUGAACAAAAUCCACAAUGUUCACAGUGCUCAGAAAAUAUCACUGUCACAGUUGGGUUAUUUCAGUCAUUCUUCCAUUGAGCUCUCUCUACUGGAACUGUUUCUGUCUUUGUUUGUAAUGUUGUCUGUGUCCUGAACCUCGUGCAACGACAGUUUACUGAAUGUUUUUGACUCUCCUUUGAUUGGAGUUACUGGCAAACUAGUAUCUCUGUGUUUUUGUCCUUAUAUGUUAGUGGGGUGAUAUGGAUGCAUAAUUAUGACACCUUAAGGUGAUAUAUGAGAACAUAACAUUUCUAUGGAUUUAUGGAUUUAUGCCGGUUAUGUAGAUUGUGCAGAAGACACAUGUCUGCUGCAGAAUGUGGACAAUAAUGUAAAAUAAAAAUUAUUUGAUCCAAUGUGUUGUGGAAUACAUUAUGACAGAUGUCAUUUCCUCAAUCUUGUAAAUACUGUAAAAUACUUGUA